AUGGAGGCAGGUCCCGACGCCAAGGGGGACGACAGCCCCGCAGGCCGGGAGGACCCCCCAGCCGCCGAGGACCAGCGCAGCAUCGCGCAGCCGUCGCUCCCGCAGCUUCCGCGCCGCCCGCAGCUGCUGGAAGAGGACAGGGGGCCGGAGGAGGACCAGGCCGAGGCUGCAGAAGGCAGCGAGCGGGCCCGGGGGGACCCAGAACCAGCGUCCGGCGAGGCGGGGCCCGGGCCCAAGGCCACUGGUGGUACAGUGCCGCCCAUCGGCUUUGUGGGCGAGCCUCCACCCUACGCGCCGCCGGACCCCAAGGCAGUGGCACUGCUCUAUCCGCCCUUCCCGCAGGUGCCGGUGCUGUUCCAGCCCGCGCCGGGGCCCGCCGCCCUCUACCCGCCACCCCCUGGCCCGCUCUUCCCACCAGCCGGCGGAGCCUCCUUCCCUUUCCCCACGUAUGGCAGCCCUGUGGCUGGCGGGCCUGCUCCCCUGCAAGUGGAGCACAGGACUCUGCCCAAGGACUUCAUGAUGGAGUCAGUGCUGGUGACCUUGUUCUGUUGCCUGCUCACAGGGCUGAUUGCCAUUGUCUACUCCCACGAGACUCGAGCAGCUCUGGGCCGGGGUGACCUGGCCCAGGCAGAAGAAGCCUCACGGAAAGCCCGCUCACUUGUGCUCUUCAGCCUGUUCUUUGGAGUCUUCGUGUCUACCAGCUGGGUCAUCUAUGUGGUGGUGGCCCUCUACCUACCCUGA